AUGCCUCCGAUCCGAACCAGAGCAAAGCGCAAGGCGCCCCCCGAAGGCUUUGACGACAUCGAAGAUGACCUUCUUAUCUUUGCGAACAAGAUGAAGGAUGCCCAGAACAAACCUCCUCCACCAGGACCCAAACACCAGGCGCAGUGGGAGAUAUUCCAAAUUUCUCAUCAGAGGAGUCGCUAUGUGUAUGAUCUUUACUACGAGAAGGAGGCUAUCAGCAAGCAACUGUACGACUGGCUCCUGAAGAACGGCUACGCGGACGCGAUGCUCAUCGCGAAGUGGAAGAAGCAGGGUUACGAGAAGCUCUGUUGCCUGCGUUGA